AUCGUUCAGACAUCGGUGUUAUUUUAUUGUCGUCGGGAAUUUAAAACAGUAGCAUUUAAACACAAAUUACUUACAAAUAUAGUUCAUGAAGAAGUUGGCUGCAGCCUUCACGUCUGUCUGAUUCUUUUUCAGUUUGUCCAACGCCUUGAAUUAAAUUUCGCAUUAAUGAUCAAAUCUGGUAUUGUCGGAUAUCUAGACAUAGGAACUCCGGACCUGUUUACAAUUCGAUAGUGUACUUUUUGCAUUGGUCUAGAGAACUUGUUCUAACCGCUUACGAGUACCAAAUUUGCAGCCACAGGACGUAUUAUCGAUAGAAACAAGUGUUACUUUUGCUCCGUUGCGUGGCCAGAAUAGAAUGUGAGACAAAGUUCGCUAAGGAAACGGAUCCCCGCACAUCCUCUUUCCCUUGUAACACGACCGGUUCUCGUUUCCGAAGGAGACGAGAGCAAAUGACGAUGCCAUCGAGGUGUUUGCCAAAGAAGCGUUGAAUGGCGAUAUGUGUUUCGUCUGUGUCGUUACUCUACUAGCAGGGCCUUCCCACGAACUAUAGUCAGCAGUCUACACACACAAGUUUCCUGGCCACUUGACCAAUGUGGCAUAAAAGAUAUGCAGACGAUAAGCCAUAAUGUGAAACGCCAAUAGACGCCUUAUAGUUACCUAUAUGUGGUGGACGUGUUAGGACGUUUUGCCAGAACACCCAGACGAAGGCCCACUUGUUUUCUGUAUCGUUCAGAACGCUCGUUUUUGUGCAGCUCUUCUAACUUCAUCCCAGACACUUGUUUAAAUCUUGAUCAGUUCUUGGCUGCAAACGAACGAAAGCGGUGGUAUAACUAUUCGUAAAUCUUCUCCUGUCACAUUGAUCGAACUAAAUGCUAUUUGGCACUUCCCAGAUUCGAAUCAAAUAAAAUUUGGUUACGAGAAUAGAAACAACUAUUAUUAACACAGGCAGGUAGCUCCAAUUACGACAUCUACUGUAUGUACUACGCAGAGAUUCUACACGAACGAGAAUUCUUUUUGAGCGUCGAUGGCAGCCAGGACGAGACUAGAAGAGUGAAACUUUACGAUAGCACAAUAAACAUUAGUUCAGACGUCAUCCCGUUAUAGACUUUCGGAUGUAGAAUAUCUUCUACCGCGCAACGAUAGCAAAAAACCCGUGUGUCCUGAUUUAGCUGGAUACUUUUCUGUAAUUGGCUUAAUUGUUCCGAUCAUUAGAACACGCAUCCAAUUGUUUCUGUGCUGAUACCAAAAUGUUGGUAUCGCUCUGCAUUAUGAUAUUGGUGAGCACGUCUGACGCGCUCGACGUCAACUAUAAUGGAACCUGUCUCGGGGAUCUUCGAGUAGAAUACGACUUUAUUAUCGUUGGAGGAGGUUCGGCGGGAUGUCGCGUAGCAGAACAUCUUAGUUCGAAGGAGUCUUUCAAGAUUUUGUUGAUCGAAGCGGGCGGCGUUCCUCCAGAGUUCAGUAAGAUUCCCCUACUUACUGCAUUGGCACUCGAUAAUCCAAAGUUUGAUUGGCAGUAUAAAACUGUACCCCAGAAGACUUCAAUGCUCUCUGCAGUUGACAGGGUGCGUACGAUAGCGUCUGGUCGCGUAUUGGGUGGCGGAUCGUCUAUAAACCUAAUGGCGUACCAACGGGGCGACAGGGAUGAUUACAAUACCUGGGAGAGCGUAUAUGGCGCCAAAGGCUGGAACUUUGAUGAGGUUUCAAAGUUAUUUAAAGAAGCAGAAAAUUCUGACGAUCCUUUUCUAAGUGAUGACUUCCAUGGACGAUUGGGUCCUCUCGGAGUGACAACCCAUAGGGAAUCACAUCCCAUUAAGGAAGCUAUCUUCAAAGCGUGCGAGGAAGAGUUUGGACUUCAAUAUAGCGAUCAAAAUGAUGGAAAUCACUGGGGCUAUUUCGAUAUGAUGUCCUCAACGAAACACGGUCGAAGAGUAUCUUCGUUUAAUGCUUUCCUCGAACCGAACCUUCAUCGAGAAAACCUUGAUGUGCUGUUACAUGCUCAUGUUACUAAGGUUCUCAUAGAAAAUGGUCAUGCUGUGGGAGUCUUGCUUGUUCGUGAUGGAUUGCAAAGAAUAGUGCGUGCUUCCCGCGAGGUCGUUCUUUCCGCAGGGGCAUUAAGGACCCCUCAACUGCUACUGCUUUCGGGCAUUGGCGAUCGCGAACACCUUGAGCAACACCAGAUACCUGUAGUACAUCACCUACCGGGAGUCGGCAAGAACUUUCAAGAUCACUACGGCUUCACCGGGCUCCUUGCAGAGAUCCCCGAUGAAGGAAUUCCUGAUUUACACAGCGUUGAAGGCCUUCAUCAGUGGCUUGUUAACCAGACUGGACCCUUUGCCUAUCCAUCCGGUCUUCAGAUGGGCCUGAUGUACGUUACAACCGGAGACAACGGGAAGCGAGCCGAUGCCGAGAUUAUACCAAUAGCAAUAAAGAAUUUCGUGUAUGAAACCAAUUUGCGUAAGGACGUGUUUAUGGAUUUUUACGGACCGUUACAUGGUAAAAGUACUUUGUCCAUGUUCGUACUUAUCCAGCAUCCUGAUUCCCGUGGUGAAGUUCGCUUAGCAAGCUCUGACGCUACAGCGCAACCGUACAUUGACCCUAAAUAUUAUAGCCAUCCUGCUGACCUUGAAAAAGCCGUUAAAGCUGGUCGGCAAGCACUGCAGCUCAUGCGUUCAAAUCGAAUGCGUUCAGUUAAUGUUACCCUUUACAAAAGGCCUUUUCCCUCCUGCGCGCAUCUAGAGCUCUUCUCCGAUGAUUACCUGCGCUGUCUGGCAACUCAUCAUACCUUGAAUGCGUUCCAUCCGUGCGGAACUUGCAGGAUUGGAAAAGACCCGCUAGCUGUUGUUGACGAGCGACUCCGGGUGCACGGUGUACGCGGUAUUAGAAUAGCUGAUAACUCAAUAAUGCCAGAGAUAACCACCGGGCACUUGAACGCUCCGGCAAUUAUGAUCGGCAGCAAGGCAGGCCAGCUUAUUUUGGAGGACUACAGCGACAUCGUUACUACAGAGCGACAGGAAUUAUAAAGCAAGCCACCAAAGGCUUUUCUGGAAAGAUUUGUAAAGAAGAGACAAAAACUACGAUUUAAAAGUUCUGACCAAGGCCAUCGUGCGAUAAAUAUCUACACGUAACCAACAUGUUUUGCCCGAGUUUAUGCUCAUAGCCGAUUAUACCUAGAUACUGACUACAUAACAAAGUAGCCUUACUCGUGACUCAAUUUGUAUUGCAUUAGAAAUAAGUGGACUAUUAAGUAGUAGCAAUGAUCGUUAAAUGGUAAUAUUCAAGACUUUUAACCAUAAAAUACGUUUGAACACGUACUGAACACAUUAUAGAUUAUAGAUAGAUGCCGAGUGGUUAGUUUUGAAUCCUGUUUUCAAAAUUACACUUUUAUCUGUGCUAGGGUGUAUGAAAGCUCCGGUACUAAAAGAGAAAUUGCUAGAUUAUAUAUAUAUGUUCUGCAUAAUGAAUAAAAGGUGGCUAGCCGAUGAACAAUCCGUAUGAGGAUCAUAUCUAUACGGAGAAAAUAUAUGUAUGAGGGGUUAAUCGUAAAUUUUCUGUGAGGAAUAUUGCUUUCAGUCGGCUGCAAGCCGCAAACGAAUGCACAAAUAUACGUAUUGUUAGUUA